UGAAAGCUUGGCAGAAGGGCAAAGUGUGGGUGUUCACAUUUUGCCGAAGGCUGAACUUGUGCUUGCCGAAGUUGAGCCUUGUUGGCUGACUAUCGAAACUCAACCCAAGCAAAAAAAACAACUUAACCCAAAAUAAACCUUCUCAGCCCCAGCAAACCCAACAAAACUCUAUACCAACCUGACCCAAUCUAACCCAGUCUGUUCAGCCAUAUUCGUUCCAGCCCAGUCCAACCCAACUGACUCAACCUGACCUAACCAAGUCCGAUCCAACCCAUUGCAACCCAUGUCAACUUGACACAACCCAGCCUGACCCAACCCACCCCAGCCCACUACAACCCAGCUCAUCCCCAAGAAAGCCUAAGAUCCUUGCAAGCCAUAGAAAGCCUCAGAAAUCAAAUUCCAGCUUUUCCAAUGUUUGAGCUCAUUUUUAUUUCUGCAACAAAGAUUGUGGUUUGUUAAAGCCCACCCUGGGUGAUCCAUAUUUCAUUCCAUCAAUAAACAUGGCAGUCAGUACCACAGUCAAGCAGUACUACAGUCAGUAUCACAGCCAAUACCACAGUCAGUGCCUCAACCAAUAUCACAGUCAGUACCUCAGCCAAUAUUACAGUCACUACCACAGCCAGUACCACAGCCAGUACCACAGUCACUACCACAGCCAAUACCACAGUCACUACCACAGCCAAUACCACAGUCAGUACCUCAGCCAGUAUCACAGCCAAUACCACAGUCAUUACCACAGCCAAUACCACAGUCAGUACCUCAGCCAGUAUCACAGCCAAUACCACAGUCAGUACCUCAGCCAGUAUCACAGCCAAUACCACAGUCAGUACCUCAGCCAGUUCCACAGCCAAUACCUCGGUCUUCCAAUACUGCAAUCAGUACCACAGUUAGUGCUACAUUCCUGCGAUAGCACAGUCAAUAUCACAGUCCAUAAUUUUUCUCUGGUCAGUUUCCUCCAACAGCAGCACACCUUGUGAACUAAAAAUUGCUACAAAUGGCUACAUAAGAUCCAGAUUGCAUUCUGCAUAAACAUCUUGGACAAAAAUGACCAUUUGCUUCUUU